CCGUAUCCUGUAGUAGAUUUCUUGCCCGGCUUGUUCAGGACAAGCGGACCUGCCUGCGGCGCGUGUGAGCGAGCGAGCGUCCUUUUUAACCCCGGCAACAGCCUCGCCCCUUUAUCACACACACGCAGCCUCUCUGCUCCCUCCACCCCCCUCUCUCCCCGUGAGAGCUCUAGUGAGAGAGAGAAGAAAGGGGCCGGCGGCCAUGGACCAGGAGAGCAGCAUGGGCGCCGGGCAGCUGCAGGAGGAGGAGGCGCCGGCGGCCAUGGCGAAGUCGGCGAAGAGGAGGGGCAAGCAGCAGAGGAGGGAGGGGGGAGGGGGAGGGAGGAAGAGGCGGCAGCAGCAGCAGCAGCAGGAGUACCGGCUGGUGAGCUACGAGGAGCUGCCGGAGUACAUGAAGGAGAACGAGUUCAUCCUCAACCACUACCGCUCCGAGUGGCCGCUGCUGCACGCCUUCCUCAGCGUCUUCUCCUGGCACAACGAGACCAUCAACAUCUGGACGCACCUGCUGGGGUUCUUCCUGUUCUUGGGCCUCACCCUCUGGCACCUCGCCCAGUACUUCCCCCAGGUCGCCCACCUCAUCGGCCACCUCUCCUGGCCCAUCUCCAAGGUCGCAGAGAAUGUCUCCAGCAACAUAGGCGACGUCCUCUCCGGCGCGGCGUCGUUCAUGCAGGCGAGCCCGGGGCUGGCGAUGGCGGCGGCGGCGGGGGUGGGGCCGACGACGCGGUGGCCCUUCUUCGUGUUCCUGGCGGGCGCCAUGUUCUGCCUGAUGAGCAGCUGCGCGUGCCACCUGCUGUCGUGCCACUCGCACCGCCUCAACCUCUUCCUCAUCCGCCUCGACUACACCGGCAUCGCCGUCAUGAUCGUCGUCUCCUUCUUCCCGCCCAUCUACUACAUCUUCCAGUGCGAGCCGCGCUGGCAGGUCGCCUACCUCUCCGCCAUCUCGCUCGCCGGCGCCGCCACCGUCUACGCGCUCAUGUCGCCCCGCCUCAGCGACGCCAAGUACCGCGCCCACCGCGCGCUGCUCUUCGUCGGGAUGGGCCUGUCGGGCGUCGUGCCGGCCGUGCACGCCGCCGCGGUCAACUGGCACGAGCCGCGCCGGAACGUCACGCUGGCGUACGAGGGCGCCAUGGCCGCCUCGUACCUCGUCGGCACCGCCUUCUACCUCACCCGCGUGCCCGAGCGGUGGAGGCCCGGGAUGUUCGACCUGUGCGGGCAGAGCCAUCAGAUAUUUCACCUGCUUGUCAUCGCCGGCGCGCUCGCGCACUACGGCGCCGCCAUCGUCUUCCUCAGGGUCCGCGACGAGAUGGGCUGCCCAGCCAACUGAUGCGCAUGCCAUCGAUCGUUCACAGUACCGUCAAAUUCUUAGUAGUUAAAUGGAGACACUCUGCGUGGUCUCUGCAUCCAUCCGGAGAUGGACACAGCCCAAUUAUUACCAUCGAAAUGGCGUUUUCCCGUGAAUGCAGAUGAUACAGCAGAUUUGAGACCAGCAAUUAAGAAAGGCGUUUUGCUUGCGAGAUUGGUUAAUUUGUUUGUAGCAGUUAGUUAUUUGUUUACAGUUUACUGUGGUGAGUGGAUUGAUGCAUGGAUGAUACAGCAAUUGUUAAUUACAGCUCUGAACCUGUACAUAGAGAUGCUCAUGGCUGCUUGUUUCUUUGUAUAAGAUGUAAAACAAGAAGAAAAAAUUGUGCAGGGCAAGAGUUACUCGUCCUUGUCAA